AUGCGGACGACGACGAGCGAACGCAAAACCUUGCGUCUCGCGCGUUUGCUCGCGUUCUUCGCCGCGUUUUUGUUCACCUUCAACGCGCUCGAUGCGUUUUUCGCGAGUCAAUCGAAAAGAUCUCAUCGAGAACACCGAGAGUUGUUGUUGCACUCGGCGGGGUCUUCUUCUUCUUCGAGUUUGGAAAGGAGCGAGUCGACGAAGGCGUCCUCCUCUUACUCCGUUGCAAAAAGCAGCGCGGGAGGAUAUUCGUCUUCAUCUUCUUCGAAAAAUGAUGAUGAUGGUGAUGAUGGUGUCGAGAGUGGUGGUGGUUCGUUGCAACAACGAAAAAACGCAAAACAACAACCUUUAGAAGUAGUAGGCAAAUGGGGCGAUUUUAAUCCAAUAGUUCACGCGGAAUUUUCCGGGUCCGUGUCGAAAUGGGGCGAGAACAACUUUAAAUCGAGCGCGAGAGAGUGUCACGAGGAUUGUCUCUCCAUGAACCCGGACGGGAAAGCCGUCGGCGACCGGGCGUGCAACGUGUGGGUGUGGUGCGGGGACGCGAACGGGUGUUUAGGGCAAAAGUAUCGAGCGUGUUGGUUGAAGCACCAAGCGAGGCCGGAGAUGGCGAUUGGCGCGAAAGAUUCGGCGAAUCCGUGGACGAGUGGGAGUUUGGCACCGCAGUUACCGACAAAAGGAGACCCGGGGAGUCAUCGGAAGUUUCACACGUUGGUCACGACGAACGCGAACGUCUAUCAGGCGUGGCAAGUGCGCGUAAUGUAUUUUCACUGGAAGAAACAGAAAAAGAUAUGCGUGGAGCAGGAAACGAAGGAAGAGCCGUGUCAAAUGGGUGGUUUUACUCGAGUUUUGCACGACAAACCGGAUUCGUUGAUGUCGGAAAUUCCAACCUGCGUGGUCGAUCGAUUAGACAACGAGAUGGGAUUUGUCGUCUUGAGCAGACCAAACGCGUUUAUGCAGUACUUUGAAAAGUGCGACAAAAUUGAAGAAACGUACGUGUUAAUGGCUGAACCCGAUCACGUGUACAUCAAACCGAUUCCUAACCUGAUGAUUGGCGAACGACCGGCCGCGUUCCCGUUCUUUUACAUCGAACCGUCUCGAUGGCCAACUUUAGUCAAACGCUUCGUCGGAAACGAUAAAAUGAGCGCUCAAGAUAUCGAAAAAGUCGAUCCGAUCGGUUCCUCCCCAGUCUUCAUUCGCAAAGACGAUUUGAAACGACUCGCCCCAGUUUGGGUAGAAACCACCUUAGCGAUCAAAAAAGACAAAGAAGCCAAUCGAGAUUGGGGAUGGGUUCUCGAAAUGUACGGUUACACCAUCGCCGCCUACCGCGUCGGAUUACAACACGACUUGCGCCCGCAGCUCACCGCGCAACCGCCCUGGGACAAGUCCAUCGGUGACUUCCUCUCCAUCCACUUCACCUACGGCAUGGACUACGCCUUAAACGGCACGUUCACCCCGGGUAAAUUCGGCCAGUGGAGGUUCGAUAAGCGAACCUACCAAAACGGCAUACCGCCGAGAGAUUUGCUCGCGCCGCCGGAAAAGUCCGACAACGAGUUGGUCAAGUUGUUGAUCGCGUGCAUAAACGAAGCGAGCAAGAACAUAGAUACGUGGGAAACCUUCGAUGGUAAGAAUCGAGUCGUUCAUAAAGGCGCUCAGAAUCAACCGAACGUGAAAAAAAAGAUGUAA